AUGUGUGAGGGUCUGGAAUACAGAAAGCAAGGGGAACUGGCCCAAACAGACAUCAGGGCUAUGGCAGACCUUUCUGACGAGACGCUGACUGAUGAGGGACAGAGUUCCAGUUCUUUCAGCUCCUCUGGAGGACUGCCGCCCUGGUCCCAUGCCUCUGGGAAUGGAAGGACUAUGCACUUGGAGUAUCGAGACAAACAAUCUGAGCUUUCAGACUACCAAAAUAAUGAAAACAAGUUCAGUAGAAAAUGGAUCAACUAUCACAAGGGCAAAGAAACUAACUCUGGACAAUACCAAUCAGACACUAAACUUCGAACAGAAACCACUCAGGUAUCUGAUGAAGAACUGAAUGCCCUGCAGUCUUUUUGUGCUGUUAAGAUAAACCUGAUCCAUCGCAAAGCAAACUCUAAGGAGAAAAAGAGGAGCAGACACCAAAAGCCACAGCUUAGAUUGGAUGCAGAGGCUUCGGAGAAAGAUACCUUAAACUGUACCGUCCCUGAUGAACUUCUGAACAGAAUCUACCUAAAAAACAUGAGGACAAUACCAAAACAGGUGGCGACAGCUAAGCAACACAUUUCUUCUUGGUGUCCCCAUUGCAACAGAAAAAGAGCAGAACUGGCCCAGUCUGCCUUUCUGCGACAGAAGAAGACUUUACUGGAGUCAUUUCUACUCCAAGAGAAGAUAGACAAACACCUUUAUACCAAAGACUUUCUUACCCUUAUUGGAGAUGCACAUCAGGAGGGUUUUCCCAGGCUUUCAGAUGACCCCAGAAUAAUCUGGAAAAGACUGAAUGAGAAAAGUCAGAUCAGAUACUAUGGUUUUGAAAGGUCAGAUGCAGAGCAGAUGUGGCAGAAUGAAAAAAGCGCUUGUCACUCACGUCUUCUCUACUACUUGACCAAGCCACCUACUCUAUCCAAACAGGAGAUAGAGUUUACCAAUGAUAAUGUGUAAUGUGGAUAAAUGUUUCUGUUGUGUAUCUGAAUAAUCAUCAUUUUUACAGGCCCUUAGGAAACCAAUUUAAGACUUAACUUUGCUUCCUUCACAGAUACGUGGACUAAAAUCUCUCCAUCCAGUACUUUUUUUUUUUUUUUUUUCAGAUUAUAGAGGGCAACGCUGUAGUUGCUAUACUACAAAAUGUUUACAAAAAUCCAGGAGAGGGAUGUUGGUGGUUUAGACUAGGGUUUGACAAUACAGAUAGAAAGAAGUACAGAGAUAUAAGAGAUACUUAGGAGGUAAUAAUUAACAGUCUUUGGUGAAGAAAUGGACAUGGGAUUUAGUAAAAGGUAAACGUUAAAAAUGUUACUAAGUUUCUGCCUUGUGCACUUGGAUGAAAGAUAUCAUUAAAAGGAACAUUGGAAAAAGA